UGCACUUCUUCUCUGUUCUCCAGCAACCUUAAACUGCACUUCUCCUAUGUUAUUCUAUUCUGUGUUGAAAACUUAAAAUUUCUGGGAUGAAUAUGCUUGUUGAAAUAUGAACAAAGGCACAGAAAACUGCAACAGGAGCAACAAUGAGGAGAAUUGUCAGUGCCAAUGAUCUCACAUCUGGCCCAAAUAUGAACCUACCCUGAAAGAAAAAUUUCUGCAAAAGAAAAGCACGGAAAACAUGAAUUAGUAAGCAUCUCCUAAGCGAUAAAUUGGCCAGAUACAUGAACCAGUAACCUGACCGGUUUGAUUACCGGUUCGGUUCUUACAACUAUGUCUCAAACAGAGGCUGAGAAAUCGCGGCGAGAACGGAGGAAAGAAUCCCGUUUGGCAAAGAAUGCAUCCAAACACCAAUCAUGGCUUCUCCACCAGAAAUCUCGAGCUAUCAAAAGAAGUAAAGAUGAUUCGGAUAGGAAAACUAAGACAAACUUGGAGCAACCAGUUAGUACUAGUUUUGAGGAAAAAGAGGGUUUAGGGUUUGAUUCGGAUUCUGAGAAACAUGUGAGAGCUGAAGAGAGUGUUGUAUCAGUGGCAAUUUGUGGCUCUGAUACUAAGAAAAUGAAGAAGUUGAAGAAGGGUUCUAAGGGAAGUUCCAGGAAGAAGAGUGGCAAAGAGUUUUUUGGGCUGGAUGCUGAUAUAGCUGCGAAGAAGGAUCUUGAGUUGGAAAGGAAGCUUUCCAAGAAGCUUAAGGUGAAGGAAGGGAAAUUAAGGGGUUUGGAUGAUGGGCUGAACAUAUUGCUCGAAGGAAUGUUGCCUGCUAUGGAUUUAUUUGGAGAAGAGGAUACUCAUGGUGCUAGUGAAUUGCCGAAGAAAAGGUUGAAGAAGAGCUUGUUGAGUAAGAAGCAUAAGGAGGAAAUAUUGCCAAAUGAAGGGAUGGAAGUAGAGAUAAUAGAUGGAGUGUUUGAGCUCAUGAGAACUUCUGAUCAAGAUGGAGCAUUAGGAGAUGUUGCUGAUUGUGGAACUGUGAGGAAGAAGCAUAAGAAGAGAAAGUUGUUGAGACAAGAGCAAGAAGACAAUGUGGUGGAUGAUGAUUUGUGCAUAUCGAAAACUGUAGAAUCCGUGGCAAUGGAGGUGGCAUCAGAGCAUGUUUCUGCUGAAGUUCCAGCAAAGAAAGAAAAGGGAAAAUAUAUUGCACCUCACUUGAGAGCUCGUGCUGGAAAUGAACCUGAAGAGCAUACUCAGAUACGAAGACGUAUACGAGGACUUCUUAAUAGGCUUUCUGAAUCUAAUGUUGAAUCAAUUACUGGAGAAUUGUCAACAAUCUUUCAGUCUGUUGCACGUAGUGUAGCUUCACACAUUAUGAUUGAGGAGGCUUUGGCAUCAUGCUCAGGUGGGCCACGGGGCAAUGAACAGUACGCUGCUGUUUUUGCUGCAUUUGUUGCAGGGAUGGCCUGUUUAGUUGGUGUUGACUUCAGUGCAAAGUUUAUGGCAUCCUUUGCCAAAUGCUUUGAGGAUGAGUACCUUAAAGAGGACAAUCUCUCUCUGCGGAAUCUUACACUUCUCUUAUCCUAUUUAUGCAUAUUUGGGGUCUGUUCUAGUGAUUUAAUAUAUGACUUUCUAGUCAUGUUGAGCAAGCGAUUGACCGAGAUAGAUGUCUCUAUCAUAUUGGCAGUUCUACAGUGUUGUGGAAUGAAAAUUAGGGCUGAUGAUCCAAUUUCCAUGAAAAAUUUUAUCGUUAGUGUUCAGAAGACGACAAAUGACCUGAAGGCUUCCUCCAGAGAUAAUCAUGAAAAGAGAAAUAGUAAAAGAAUGGAGUUCAUGCUUGAAACCAUAUGUGACAUCAAGAACAACAAGAAAAGACAAAGGGAGGACCCUGCACACCACACUCGGAUUAAGUGGUUGCAGAAGUUAAGAGUGGAUGACAUUUUACUUAGAGGUCUUAAAUGGAGCAAGUUACUUGAUCCUGAUAAGAAGGGUCAGUGGUGGUUACCUGGGGAUUUGGCUUCUGCAACAGAUAAUGUUGAAGAAGUUGCUAACAGAAUCGACAAAGAUGUUCUUGAAACACAACGCAUGCUUCAGCUUGCUGCUGCGCAAAAGAUGAACACAGAUGCCAGAAGAGCAAUCUUCUGUAUAAUAAUGAGUGGUGAGGACUAUAUUGAUGCAUUUGAGAAGCUUCUUCGAUUAGAAUUACCUGGGAAGCAGGACAGAGAUAUAAUGCGGGUUCUUCUAGAGUGUUGCUUGCAAGAGAAAGUUUUUAACAAGUAUUAUACGGUGCUGGCGACGAAGUUGUGCGAGCAUGACAAAAAUCACAAGUUUACUCUGCAGUUUUGCAUUUGGGACCACUUUAAGGAACUUGAUUCAAUGCAGCUUCUGAGGUCAAUGCACCUUGCCAAAUUUGUGGCUGAAAUGGUUUCCUCUUUCACCCUCUCCCUUGCAGUGUUGAAGACUGUGGAGCUCAGUGAUCUCAACCUGUUAUCCCCGAGAAGAGUUAUGCAUUUCCGCAUGCUGUUUGAGGCCAUCUUCGAGUACCCUGAUAGCACAGUCUGGAAUGUAUUCACACGUGUGGCCGUGGCCCCUGAACUCGAGGGUCUUCGACAAGGCAUUGAAUUCUUCGGUAGAGAGUACAUUGUCAAAUCCAACAAAGAUCUAAAUCAGAAGUUUAAGUUGGUAAAAAGAGCCCUUAAUAAUGUGGAAGGAGUUUUGAUGUGAAUGAAGUGUUGAAUUAUAUUCCCAAUUUUGUUGUCAGUUAUGCUAAUUUUAUUUAAAUAAUUCUUAUAUAUCCUUCUGAAUCGACAUGUUCUGGUCUACCCAGGACCGGAGAUAAAACUAAAUAAAAAAAUUUCGUU